GUUUGAAUACAUUUGUGCGUGUAUGUUUAUCAACAUCAACUUGUAGUAAUAAAUACGAAUUAUAAACUUUUUUUCUAGAGCCAUCAAACAUAUUAUAAUCUAGUCUAUUAAUGAAAUCGCAUUGCUGAGUAGAAUGAGAAACUAAUAGGAUGAGUGCUUGGCUAACCAUUAUUGAAUUGAACAAAACAAACUGAAGAUUCGUCAGCCCUAAUCAUGAAUACUGGAAUUUGUGUUUGUCGAUUAUGUCUUCGGAAAGAAAGUAUUUCGGAAAUGAUUGAACUCAACAAAAAAGAAUCAUGGAUAAAAAUAAUAUAUCGGAUGACAAAUAUUGUGAUUUAUCUUAAAACAAACUGCUCUACGCAAAUAUGCCUCAAGUGUAAAGAGUUUCUUGUUCAAUUUGAAGAUUUUCGGAAGUUGUGUAUUCAAAAUGAUGUUAUAUUCCGAAAAUUAUACGAACAAACAACACCAGAUAUUGUUAACCACGAAGAAUGUAAUGUCCCGGAAAUAGACAAAAUUAAAAAGGAGCAGAAUAAUGAGGAGUCUGAUAGUGAACCACCAGUUCAAAUUGAAUUGGAAAAUAAUGAGCCAUUUCUUAGCGAACAAAGUUGCACUGAAAGUAUAGAAAAACACGAAACUGAACGCAAAUAUAAAAGAGGUCGCCCGAAAAAAGGAGAAACACGUUUACCCGCUGUCAAAAUAACCAAAAAACGUGGUCGUCCAAGAACAGAAAAACUUCCAAAAAGCUCAGCACCCAAAGUGCAAUGUCAAACAUGCGGGAAGCUGGUAAAUAAGUUCAAUUUUGCCAGACAUUUAUCGAUACACGAUCCCGAUCGACCAAUGUUUCCUUGUUCUGUUUGUGAGAAAUCUUACCCGGAAAAGCGAUUCCUGGAAAUACAUAUAAACUCAGCACACACACGAGAAAUCAAUUAUCCUUGUGAUCAGUGUGAGAAAGUAUAUCUUUCGACUAGAUCACUAAGAACUCAUUUUCUCGCAGCGCAUACGGACAUAAAAAGAUAUCCUUGUAAAUUCUGUGGAAUGAAAUUUGCACAAUCAGCGCUUCGAUAUCAUCAUUAUUUUAUGGCACAUUCUGAUGUAAAGCAGUUCGCUUGUGAAUAUUGCGACAAGGCUUUCAAAAAAAAGGGAGACCUCACUAUCCACACUAGAACCCAUACAGGUGAAAAACCUUUCAAAUGUGAUAUAUGUUCUAAAAGAUUCAAUAAAAGCUAUAAUAUGACACUGCAUAAAAGAACUCACCGACAAGAAACAAAAGCGUGUUGAAUAGGUAGGUAAUUUCAGUUCCACAAGUUUCAGUCAACUUAAAUAACAAAAAAUAAUAAAUACAUAUUAUACACGUAAAGCUGUGUUACAGUUUA